UCCUACAGUGGUACAUCACAGAAUAAUCAUGAGUGGAAGUGCAUUUACGUUGGCCAUUUUCAAGCCGCAUCUGCUGAAAAAUCCCGUGGCCUACGGUGCGGUGGAGAGGUUGAUCGAAUCCAGUGGGAUUCGGAUUGUCACGAGGAAGCAGGUUCGGCUCACGCAACCGGAGGCGGAACGGUUCUACCAGGAUCAUCGAGGGAAGUUUUUCUACCAGAGGUUGAUUUCGCUGAUGACAAGUGGUCCGCUCGAAGUGUUGGUGCUUUCGGGGGAGAAUGUGAUAACCCGGUGGCGAGAGCUGAUGGGUCCCACCAAGGUAUUCAAGGCGGUUUAUUCCCAACCAGAGUGCAUACGGAGUUUGUACGGACUGACGGAUACGAGGAAUGCUAGCCACGGCUCAGAUUCGGUAUCCUCUUUCUUAACCGAGGCAGCAUUAUUCUUCCCGAAUCAGGAGUUUCCAACCGAUAAUUGCGAGUCAAACUCCAAUCAGCAGAAUCGACAAAAUACCAGUUAGGACACGAAGGUGUGGAGUUCCCGUGUGGUUAAAUCCAAAGAUUGUGUUGCAUUUAUUCUUCGGACAGUAGAUGUUUGUUUGUUUCGAUGAAUUCAGCUUAGUACGUAGCAAAAAUGU